UCAUCAUCUUUUUUAAUUACCCACCGCCAUUGUUGUCGGGAUCCGAAGCUGACAUAUUAAUGGCUACGGCCACUUCAAUCAUACGGUCCCCGGCGGUCCUACUCUCUGGAAAAGGGACAGUAUACGAUCAGAAAACUUCGUCUCCCUUUCAAAUUCCCCAGUUUUCCUUGAAACGCCGUCGUUUCACCUCUCUUUUCGCCUCCCUCCACGACGGCAACAACAUCAACGACGGAAGUAAUAAGAUCGCGAAGGCUGUUGGAUUGGAGAAGCUUUUCGUGGAUUCCCCGUACGACGUUGUUUCAAAAGACUCCCCUUCGCAUCCCAGACCUCUUACUUCAGCCCAAUUAUCUAAUACAAUCUCUGAUGGCCCUCGUCUUCGCGUUGCAUAUCAGGAGUUUCGCGGUGCCUACAGCGAGGCAGCUGCUGAGAAGGCCUAUCCGAAUUGUGAACCUGUUCCCUGUGAUCAAUUUGAUGUUGCUUUUGAAGCUGUUGAAAAGUGGUUAGUGGAUAGAGCAGUAUUACCGAUCGAGAAUUCCUUAGGUGGUAGUAUUCAUCGGAAUUAUGACCUCUUGCUUCGCCAUAGCUUGCACAUUGUUGGGGAAGUUAAGCUUGCAGUCCGUCAUUGCUUACUGGCCAAUCAUGGUGUUAGAGUUGAGGACUUGAAAAGGGUUCUUAGUCAUCCUCAGGCUCUAGCUCAGUGUGAGUACACGUUAACGAAAAUAGGGUUGAGUAGGGAAGCGGUUGAUGAUACAGCCCUUGCAGCAAAGCAUGUGGCUUUUGAGAAACUAAAAGAUACGGGAGCUGUUGCAAGUUCUAAGGCUGCAAAGAUAUAUGGACUGAACAUUCUUGCCGAAGACAUUCAGGAUGAUUGUGAUAAUGUUACUCGAUUUCUCAUGCUGGCUAGGGAUCCCAUUAUUCCUGGUGUGGAGAAGCCAUUCAAGACUAGCAUAGUUUUCUCACUAGAGGAGGGUCCUGGUGUUCUUUUCAAGGCACUUGCUGUUUUUGCUCUUAGGCAGAUCAACCUUACAAAGAUUGAAAGCCGUCCCUUGAGGAACCAGCCUUUGAGAGCAUCUGAUGAUGGCAACAAUGGUUCAAAAUAUUUUGACUACCUUUUCUAUGUGGACUUCGAAGCAUCCAUGGCUGAAGAGAGAGCACAGAAUGCCCUUAGACAUCUAAUGGAAUUUGCAACUUUCUUGCGAGUUCUAGGGAGCUAUCCAGUGGAUACUACCAUGCUAUGAAUGUGUUGUGAAUCAUGAAUUGUAUCAAUGAAUUGCAGAUUUGUCACUUAUUACGUAAGGUGGAUUUUUUUAUAAUGAGAGAGACGUCGAUAGAUGGCCAAGCCGACCAGAAAGCCACUGCAUUGCAUGAACUAGUGCUGACAAAUACCUCGCUAUAUGGCAUUAUGUACUUAACGUAAGCUCCUUUCAACAUUUAAGAUUUUUUUAAAUUUUGGUAAGAGACUAUUUACUCUUGUUUUCAUAUAGAUUUAGACAAUUGUGAACAUGAUAACAAAAUAGGAUAU